AUGACCGUCCAGUCCGAAAACCCGACGACCGCCGUGUCCGCCCCGGGGAAGGUGCUGCUGGCCGGCGGCUACCUCGUCACCGACAGGGACUACACCGGCCUUGUCUUCGGCCUCGAUGCCCGCAUCAACGUCGUCGCCCGUGGCAUCCCCACCUCAAAGGGCGUCCAGCUGACCGAGAUUGUCGUCGAGAGCCCCCAAUUCGUCGGCGGCAUCUGGCGGUAUGGCUAUCAUCUCGCCCCUGAAGACGGCGGCAUCACCGUCACCCAGCUGCAGCCCAACCCCUUCAUCGAGACAACUCUCAGCUACGCGCUCACAUACAUCUCCCGCGUCGCCCACCAGCGGCCCUCACACAGCAUCCGAUCCGCCAGGCUCACCAUCCUCGCCGACACUGACUACUACUCCGCCGCCUCAUCAUCACCAUCAACAGAAUCCACAGCCAGCCCAUCCAGCAACAGAUUCAUCCCCUUCGGCACCACCCUGAAGGACGCCAAAAAGACGGGCCUCGGCUCCUCCGCGGCGCUCGUCACCAGCCUGACCGCCGCCCUGCUGUCCCACUACCUGGGCCCCAUCCACUUCGACCUGUCCACCGACAAGGGCCGCACCGUGCUGCACAACCUCGCCCAGGCCGCCCACUGCCGCGCCCAGGGCAAGAUCGGCUCCGGCUUCGACGUCGCCGCCGCCGUCCACGGCAGCUGCCUGUACCGGCGCUUCUCCCCCUCGGUCCUGGACGCCGUCCCGCAGCCGGGCCAGCCGCACUUCGGCACCAGGCUGGAGGAGGCCAUCAGGGGCACCAAGUGGGACACCGAGAUCCACAAGGACAAGGUCAGCCUCCCCCGGGGCGUCGCCAUGCGCAUGGUCGACGUCGAGUGCGGCUCCCAGACCGUCGGCAUGGUCAAGGCCGUCAACGCGUGGCGCGCCGCCGACCCGGAGGGGUCCAGGGCCCUGUGGGACGAGCUGCAGGGCCGCAACGAGGCCCUCGCACGCGUCCUGGCCGACGGGAAGGUGGACGACCUGCCGGCCGCGCUCAAGGCCAGCAGGGAGCUCGUGCGCGCCAUGGGCUCGCGGUCCGACGUGCCCAUCGAGCCCGAGUCCCAGACGGAGCUCAUCGACGCGCUGUCGGCCGUCGAGGGCGUCUACGGCGGCGUGGUCCCCGGGGCGGGCGGCUUCGACGCCGUGUCGCUCCUGGUCAGGGACGACGAGGAGACGGUCGCGCGGCUGGAGCGCUUCCUCGAGGAGUGGUCCGCCAAGAAUAAGGACAGCAAGGUCAAGCUGCUCGGUGUCAAGGGCGAGCUGGAGGGCGUGAGGAUCGAGAAGCUGAGGGAGUUUGACGGGUGGCUUUCCUGA